CAUGUGCACUCCGAGUAGCAGUGCAAUAUUCCUGAAGUCAACAUGGAGUCACGCUUGAAGGUUCUCCGAAUUUUCAAGGCCCUUCACAGAACUAGACUAGAUGUGUUCAAAGACGAUCUUCGAGCAUUGACAGCUGCAAGACAGAAAAUAAAUGAGGAAUUCAGAAAGAACAAAGAGGAAACUUCAGAGGAAAAGAUAAAUGAGAUGAUUAAAAUGGCAUCAGAUGUUGAAGUAAUUCUUCGCAAGACUGUAAUACAGGGAGUUCAUGUGGAAGACAAGAUUUUGCUUCGGCCCCGAGAGAACCUUCUACUUGAAAACGUACCUUACUGUGAUACCCCUCGAAAGAAGUCGUGAAUUGAGCCACUCACUUAGACCCAUAUAGACACUGCAUUUCAAAACCUGCCAUUCCCCACGUUUUGAAAUUGUGUUUUUCUUGGACAAUUCCAUCUUUCUGUCAUCCUGAUGUUUUCCAUUGCUGGGCAAGAGUAAUCACAGCACAGCAUCUCUUUGGAUGUGGGGGAGUCCACUGGAGUCAUCUCCCAUGCUGCGAUGGAUAUACUGUGUUUUCAUCUAACUGAAAAUACCUGUAUUACUCUGACUAUGAACAUUUCUUGCCAAGUUUAAUACCACGAUGAGUACAUGAUUUUAUUUUGCCAUAAAGUUUUGUUUGGUGUUUUUGCUGCUGAUUUGGCAGAACAAGCCUGAAUAAAUGUCUGUGGUGUGUAUAGAAUUUACUGUUGC